GGGGAGCUGCUGCGGGAACCUGCAGCCCCCGGGACCCGCCGCUCCGGGCUCCCGCCGCUCUCGGAUCCCUCCUCUCCGGAGUCCGUCCGCUCCGGGGUCCGUCCACUCCUGUGACCCGCUGUCCCCGGGACCCUCCUUCCCGGCGUCCCUCCUCCCCGCCCCAUCGGGGCUCCCCGCGCCCGGCCCCGCCGCGCCCCCCGCUCCCCCGGGCUCUCCGCCGCUUUGCCCCGGCGCGGCUCGGCCCGGCCUCCCGGCUGCCAUUGGCGCGGGGCAGCGCGGGGGGCGGAGACGGCGGGGCCGCUAUUAAACAUCACAUGGCAGCCCGCAAAACCGGGGCAGCGGCUUGCGCGGUGGCUCAGUUGCGAGCAGUGCGGACGGCGGGCACCGGGGCUGGGCCUGUGAGUCCCGUGUCCCCCCCAACCCGCUGCUGGAUCUUACAGCACGUUAACUACCCGCGCCUCCCUUACGGCCACCGGCAGACCAUGCCAUCUCUAUGACAGUUGCUUGUUAAGCUAACUCUGCAUGCCAGAAGACUGUCCUUGGUGGAUCCAAGGGCUUUUGGGGACUCCAGCCUCUCCCCAGUUUUUCCGUGUGUGUGUGUUCCUCUAGAACUUUCAAAACUGUUUCUCCAAAGGGUUUUGCAGAAACUCAGACUGUUUUCUAAAGCAGAAGCACCCGAGUCCACAGCAGUAGUGAUGGGCAGCGUGCGAACCAACCGCUACAGCAUCGUGUCUUCGGAAGAGGACGGCAUGAAGCUGGCAACCAUGGCCGUUGCCAACGGCUUUGGGAAUGGCAAGAGUAAGGUACACACCAGACAGCAGUGCAGGAGCCGCUUUGUCAAAAAAGAUGGCCACUGCAACGUCCAGUUCAUUAACGUGGGGGAGAAGGGACAGCGAUACCUAGCAGACAUCUUCACCACUUGCGUGGACAUCCGCUGGAGGUGGAUGUUAGUUAUCUUCUGCAUGACUUUCAUCCUCUCCUGGCUUUUUUUUGGCUGUGUGUUUUGGUUGAUUGCACUGUUGCAUGGGGAUCUGGAGGAUCAAGAGAAUAGCAAACCUUGCGUCUCUCAAGUGAGCAGCUUCACCGCCGCCUUUCUGUUCUCCAUUGAGACCCAGACCACGAUCGGCUAUGGCUUCAGGUGCGUCACAGACGAGUGCCCCAUCGCAGUGUUCAUGGUGGUUUUCCAGUCUAUAGUAGGCUGCAUCAUUGAUGCCUUCAUCAUUGGUGCUGUCAUGGCAAAGAUGGCUAAGCCAAAAAAGAGAAAUGAAACUCUAGUCUUCAGCCACAAUGCCGUGGUGGCAAUGAGAGACGGAAAGCUGUGCCUGAUGUGGCGUGUUGGAAACCUGAGGAAAAGCCACUUGGUGGAGGCACACGUGCGAGCACAGCUCCUCAAAUCCAGGAUCACAUCAGAAGGGGAGUACAUCCCCUUGGAUCAAAUAGACAUCAAUGUAGGCUUUGACAGUGGGAUAGACCGUAUAUUCCUGGUCUCCCCAAUUACAAUAGUACAUGAAAUAGAUGAAGACAGUCCUUUGUAUGACUUGAGCAAACAAGACAUGGACAAUGCUGACUUUGAAAUUGUAGUAAUUUUAGAGGGCAUGGUGGAAGCUACUGCCAUGACUACCCAGUGCCGUAGCUCAUACCUGGCAAACGAAAUCCUCUGGGGCCACCGCUACGAGCCUGUACUCUUUGAAGAGAAAAACUACUACAAAGUGGACUACUCGAGGUUCCACAAAACAUACGAAGUGCCCAACACACCCAUCUGUAGUGCCAGAGACUUAGCAGAAAAGAAGUACAUUCUCUCUAACGCAAACUCCUUUUGCUAUGAGAAUGAAGUGGCCCUCACCAGCAAAGAGGAGGACGAGAUUGACACUGGGGUGCCUGAGAGCAUGAGCACAGACACCCACCCGGACAUGGACCACCACAACCAAGCAGGGGUGCCUCUAGAGCCACGGCCGCUACGGCGGGAGUCGGAAAUAUGACUGACAGACUCUUCCUCUCUCUUUUGGUUGAAAGGAAAAACCAAUACACCUAUCGGUCAAAGGCACGUUGACCUGAGAAGUUGGCCCAGAACAGUUUUCAGACAACGGUACUGUUGAAGAGCGGUGUGAAGGCGAGCAGACCUGAGAAACCCGGGCUGGUUUUAGGGCUGUCCUCAGAGGAGGGACGACAGAAAAUGAACUCUAAACACAAAGCACUAAACAUGUCUAAGUAUGAACAGAAGGCACAUAUGUUGUAGAAUAAAUUAUGUAUAUAUUUUUUUACAAAACUUGAACUUGCAGGCAAGCUUUGGUUGGGUUAUUAUUAUUUUUGUUUUCAACUUUUUCCAGAAUGCUUCUCUCUAGGGAACAAGAAUGUUUUUAAUGGCAUAACAAAGGCAAGAAUCUGCCUUAUUAUUAUUAUUAUAAUUAUUUUUUAAAGAGCUGCUGCUAACUACAUGAACACAAAUGGUUAUUUUUGUUGCAGUGUAGUUUUUUUAUUUUUCUCUUGUGUAAUUUAAAAACUAAACCAGAAUAAAUCAGUGUUGAACUUUUGGGGUUGAAAAGCUUCAGAGAGGCCGAUGUUGCCAGAAAGUCUAAACUCCUUUUGAGGCCAGUAGGUUGAGAGCUCGAAUCAAUUUCUCUCUUUCCAAUUACAUAAGGGGCAUUAUGUAGGAUCAGGCCAAUCAAUCGCCUCCAGCAAAAUUAUGAUUUUUUUGGGGGGGGGGAGAAUUUAAUUCUCUGUCUAAAGGAAAUAAAAUAUAUAUAUAGACACAUAGAAAAAAGUACUAAGUUAAAACUACCUAAAUGGAUACCAAAGAAAAUGCAGAGUUUUGCACAGUGGAGUUUAUUUUAAAAAAGAAAA